AUGGACUCGUGUGGUGAUCAAAUGAUCGAUAUCUUAACGAAGUAUCUGAAACAUACCAACGAACAAUUCAAUACAACUUUGGAACGUUGUGAAAUGCCACCCUAUUAUCGAUGGCAAAGUGUUUGCGAUGUCAACGAAAAAGUAACAAUUGCAAAUUAUGAUGGCACUUCGACUGUUGCGGACUCAAUUGAUCCACCUGAUACGAAUGCUUCGACGGUGGCUGCCAGUGAACUUUUCGUACCGCAAAAACAGGUCUUUCUUGAAUCAUUUCGUUUGUUUUCGCUUGAUGCUUAUUUGUUUGCAAUUUUUCUUUUCAUGUUUAAACUAAUCUGA